UAUUUGCACACAUUUCUGUCGUGGUUGCUUGCUAAUUGUGUUUUGUGUUUCAAUACUGUACUAAAUUAGGAGGGAAAUAUCAAAAUUAUUCACAUUUUAAUAUUUUUAACUGCUGAGUGUUUUACAUUUAUGUGUACUAUUAAAUGUUAAUUAAGUGUAUUGUUAAGUUGUUUAAGUGUUAUUGUCUUAUUUUUCCUCUAAGUUAUUAACUAAAAUUUUUUUUAAAUAAAUCCAAGGAAUAAAAGAAUGGAAGAAAUAUGGUCUAAACAUAAGUCCAUACAAAAUGCAGCUCAUCACAUCGCUUUAGAUUGUAUUCACCCACAGUCGGCGCACGGCUCGCCAUACCACGUACACCCAUAUCCCUCUCCUGUACGCCUGCAACAUGCCUUUCAAGCUCAACAGAGCCCUCAAAUGUUUUAUCCCAAAGGGCUCAAGCCUCAUAUUGAUCCUAGAGCCUAUGCGACUCCGAGUGAAAGUCCUAUUUUGGGGAGAGCUCUCUGCCUUACACCUCGAGGCAGCCCUUUGCCUGGUCAAGUUUCUCAUCUCAAUGAAAAGUUUCAAGAUUCUCUCACAUUGAACUCUGAUACAGAUGUUCUUGUUUCCAAAAUAAGUGCAAUGUUUCCAACAGUUAGUGAAACACACAUCAAGAUUUUAUUGAAAAAGUAUUAUAAUCGUGAAGCUGUUGUAAUAAGUGCUUUACAAGUAGAAAAGCAUCCUAUCACUACCCCUGGACCACUUACAUUGUCACCUUCAACAACACGUUUACAAAAGGGAGCCCUUGGAGUAUAUUCAGCAUUGCAGUUGGCUAAAGGUGUUUCAGCAUCCAUGCAUAGUUCUAAUCAUUUAACACCUAUGACAGGAACUCCACAGGGCUCGCCAUUGUUACUUCGACCUGCAUCAGGGGCUUCAAGUUAUUAUGUUACUGUGAAAUCAAUGGAUGCCCAAACUUCCUCAGCACCAAGACAUCAGUCGCCCAAAAUGAAACUAAAGUACUUAAAAAGUGUGUUUCCUAAAGCUGAAGAAACUUUAAUACUGGAUGUUUUAGCAAAUAAAGAUAAUAAUGUGCAAAAGGCAAGCGAAGAACUGAUUUCUAUGGGAUUUACUAAAAAGGAAACGUUAAUUAAACAACAAAAAAAGAAAGAUAAGGAAACUCCACCUCUGCCUAAAAAAGUGGUAAUCGUGAAAACUUUAGAGGAAAAAAAUGAUUUGAAACAAAAACUCCAGAAGAGAUAUGACAAACUGGCUGAAAGAGUUGUAUCUAUAGCAUUAGAAAGUGUGGACUACAAUGAAGAGCGGGCUGAACAGAUAUUAGAUGCCGUUGUGCAAGAAGAGGAGGCACCUAAAUUAACAAAACCAACAGAAUUAAAGGACAUGAGAAGACCAGAUACCAUGGACGACGCCAGCGCCGUCAGCCCCGUGGAGCCAGCACGAGCACCAGCCGCCGUCGCGCGUCGGCUCAAGACUUGGACGGAGCAUUUGAAGCCUAUUUUAAAAUCGAGUAACACUGUGGAGGUCAAACAUAGGUCUCAGUACACGGUAACAACCAGUGGCCCAAAUCCUUCACUUCGCCAAGGUCCCAAAGACAAUCUGCUUUUGGAAGACUACAUGACAUGGAACGGUCCUAAUCCUGAGCUCCGCUGUGGACCGGCCGCGAAACCGGAUGGUCCAGAACCGAAAGAGAAAACAUUUUCUUUAGCUCGUGGUCCUUUAGGCCUUGCCAGAGGACCCGCAGGCUUAGCUAGAGGCUCUAUUUAUCAGAAAGUCAACAAAAAAUCGGCUAAAAUGUAA